GGGGGUCCCGGGGGGUCCCCGGUGCCGCCGUCCCUCGUGUGCCCCCCCCGGCCCCCCCCCGCGCCGCCGCUGCUGCGUCACGGCCCCGCCGCCAACGCCGCCCGCGCCCGCAGCGGCCGCCGGGGCCGGGCCGGGGGCGCCGACACCCCCGGGACCCCCCGGGAACCCCCCGGGAACCCCCGGGAACCCCCGGGAACCCCCCGGGAACCCCCGGGACCGGCAGCAGAGACUCGGGACCCCUGCCCGCCCCCGGGUGUGAUGGAGGCCGCCGAGGGGGGGGGGCCCCCCCCGAGCCCCCCGAGGCCCCCCCAGAUCGGGGAGGGGCAGGACGUGCUGGCACGCUGGACAGACGGACUGCUGUACCUGGGCGUGGUCAAGAAGGUGGACGCUGCCCGCCGGGGCUGUUUGAUCCAAUUCGAGGACAAUUCCCAAUUUUUCGUUCUCUGGAAAGACAUCAGCCCGGCGGCCGUGCCCGGGGAUGACCCCGCGUGCUGCGUGUGCGCCGGGAGCGCCCGGAACGCCGAGAAUUCCCUGGUGCGGUGCGGGAAGUGCGGCCACGGUCAGUGA